AUGUGCUGCUGUGAAGCAGAUUGGAAGAGGGAAGUAGUACCUGAUCACAAAUUCGAUUUCGUCAACGUAAAAGAAUUUCAUAAGACAGAUAUCUGGACAAGGAUAAAAUACAUAUUCAGGUAUAUAUUCUUGCUCAAAUCUAUUGCUGUUUAUGGAUUGGAUAUAUUCACAGCUACUACUUUUAUCUUAUCUGAUCAUUGGACAAAUUCAAUCAGUCAAAGAUGUGGUGAUAACUGCGCUGUAAAUGUUCAAUUCAAAAUUGCCAAAUGGGUCUUUGUAGGAUGUAUCAUAUUUUCAUUCUUAUUACUCGGUUACGAAACUUGGAAAGCUAAACAAGUGGUUGAUUCUCGUGAUAUCUCAUAUGCAUUCACCAAUUUGAUAGCGAAUGACUAUUAUUCUUUUCGAUCAUACGACAACUUCUGCUUGUUCUGUCAUAUCGAGGGAUCGACUAAAAAGAAAGAUGAUUUCGCUUUCUUCAUCUUCUUCACUUUCAAAGGCUGGAAGAGACUCCUCCUAGCGGAUGGGCCUCGUCAAUCGAUCAAUGCAUUGGUCCUAUAUUCAUUCGCAUACGCAAACGGAUUUCAAACCAGCGAUAUACCCGCUUACUGGGAUAACUCGGCUGUAACUGCAAUGUUGCUGUUCUCUAUGAUAGCUACCGUCUUAAUCUUCGCCGGUUCACUGUUGUUGUUGAUCGUUGCGGCGGUCUUUUAUGUCCCGCUCCUGUGUUAUAUCCGAGGUAAUCUCAAGGAAUACGUCUGCCAUAAAGUGGAUAAGAGAAUAUCCGAAUUGAUCAAAAAGAAACAACGUCAACGUAUAGCGCGAAAUGCGGCAUUGGAAAAGAAAAUAGCUCAAGGAGGAGCUGUAGGAGGUAUCAAGAAUUCCAAAGGAGCGAUGAUGGAUGGGGCAAUGCCUCAACCUACUUUACCUCAAAUAUCACUUGAAGAAGAGGAAUAUCAAACUUCGAUGUUGAGUGAGAAAUCCAGAAGAAAAGUCGACAAUACGAAUCAAGCACAGAUCAGAGGUUAUGAAUAUCCACCAAAUGGUCCUGGAUCAGUUCCACUCCAAAGUCCUGAAUAUGGCAUCUAUUCUGGAAUUAAUGGUGAUUAUGGAAGUUCAACAGACUUGAUCUCUAAUGCAGCACCUCUGGGUAUAUCAUAUCCGCCACCCGUUCAACAUAUGAAUUCGGGUUCAAGUAUAAGUACAAAUUUGAGCACAAAUACGUCAAACCAACAUAGACCUUAUUCACCUUCCUCAAACUUCCCUUCAUCAAGGUCCAUCUCUGACUUGACACAACAACAGCAACAGGCUUUCUUACCUCCUUCAAGAUCACAUUCUGAUUUCAAUCAACCUUCUUUCCCACCUUCAAGAUCGUAUUCUGAUCUAAGGUAUAAUCAAAAUCAACAACAACAAUCAGGUAGGAUGUCUCCUUAUACUCCUUCACAGGACCGAGGAUAUAGGGAUUCGUAUGGAAGUGGUCAUGGUUUACCAUAUGAUGACUCGUAUAGAACUGGAAAUAUGAUUUCUCCUCCACCACCACCAUCAGUGAAUCACAAUAAUACUCAGUACAUGGGCGGUUCUGCUGGUGCUGGUGCGGGAUAUAAUCAUGGUUGGUAA